GCCUGCUCCCCCAAAAAUCCCCCAAUUCGCGCUAAAACCCUAACAAGAGCAGCGGCGAGCAGUGUCCUGCCAUGGCCCCCGCCGCCUGCCGCGGGAGCCCGUCGCGGUUCAGCUCCGCCUCCGCCAUCGUCGCCGACACGGAGACCGGGUACCACCUCCUCAAGAUCGGCGGCUACACGCGCACCAAGGCGACGGCGCCCACCGCCUCCUUCCUCAGUUCCAGCCAGUUCACCGUCGGCGGUUACCGCUGGCGCAUCGACUACUACCCCAAUGGAGCAUCCGCCGACUGCGCCGAUUACAUAUCGCUUUUUCUCUUGCUAGACGAGAAGGCCACCAAUAGCAGUGUGAAGGUGCAGGCACAAUUCCAGAUUAGUUCCACCGACCAGGUGAUGAAGCCACCACCGUUGGCAUCCACGCGAGUGAAUAGAUAUUGUGAGGGUUCUUGGUCUUGUGCUCAUAGAAAGUUCAUCAAGAGGGAAGAUUUUGAGAAGUCCAGUGAUCUCAGGGACGACUCCUUCACCAUCCGGUGCGACGUAGCGGUUAUCGGCAAGAUCCGCACCGAGGAGGUCACCACCACAACCUUUGUCGUCGUGCCCCCGCCUGAGCUAAACCAGCAGCUCGGCGGCCUUCUGGAGACCGGGAUGGGUGCAGACGUGGUGUUUCAGGUCGGGGACGAGACAUUUGCCGCGCACCGAUGCGUGCUCGCGGCGCGGUCGUUGGUCUUCAGCGCGGAGCUCUACAGCUCGAUGAAGGAGGGUGAUGCUGCCGGAGUAGUGCGCAUCGAAGACAUGGAGGCGCAGGUGUUCAAGAUGUUGCUCCGCUACGUGUACACCGAGACGUUGCCAGAGAUGGAGGAAGAUGUCAUGUGCCAGCAUCUACUUGUCGCGGCAGGUCGGUACAAUCUGGAGAGGCUCAAGCUGAUCUGCGAGGAAAAGUUGUGCAGAUACAUUGCUGUGGGCACGGUGGGGAACAUCCUGGCGCUGGCCGAUCAGCACCACUGUGCCGGUCUGAAGAAGGCGUGCUUCCAUUUUCUCAGUUCACAGGCAAAUCUGAGCGCGGUCAUCGCCGCCGAUGGCUUCGAGCAUCUGAGCAGGAGCUGCCUGUUGGAGUGUAUAACCAUAUACUCUAACACUGCCCCACUCUUAUGAAAGAAUUGGUUGCCAUGCUGGCACCUUCACUAAUCACUACCUGAGUCCUGCCUAUUGACAUAGUGUUCAUGUGUUCUAACAAUGGUAUAUUUUGGGUUUCUGAUCUGAACCUUUGUCAUCAGGUAUUUCUGUUCUCUUCUUUUAGCACACGGGAAUGCAGCAUAAUUCCCUUAGCCUUAGGCUUUUGUUAUCAAUUUAUCAUGUAUAUGAUCCUAAGCAGAAGCUAAAUCUCAAUGGGUUGUCACAUGUUACCUGGUGUUAAACUUCCAUUUGACAUGCUAGAUUUGAAUGACUGGAAGGAUAAUGAAAGGAGUAACCAAUU